UUGGACAGAGAAACUGAAGUUCUAAGAAGACCGAAAGUAGUGUUGCGGAGAAGGGAAAAGGAGAGCUGCUCUAAGGAGCAACUGAGAUUAGACUUCGGAGAUUAUAAGAUAGACGUUGUUGAACGGGGACAAAGCGUGAUCGGGCUCCAAGGUAGCAUUUCGCUCCUACGGACACCAAUCAUGGGAGAUACCGUUAGCACGCUCUUAUUUCAGCCACCUGCGCCGUCCAAGCUGAAAGAGCACAAGAUCGUGUGGCUCAACACAUCGCGUGGUUCCCAGAUCCCUGCCUUUUUCAUAUCGUACAAGACGCAGAGGGGCGCAGAGAGCUGUAGGAGUUUAUCCGCGGAUGAAUUGAGAGAUUCUCAACCAGAGAACGGAAUUACAUUGCUAUAUUCUCACGCGAACGCGGAGGAUUUGGGGUCUAUAUAUCCAUGGUGUAAAUUUCUGAGCAAAAUGCUGCAAGUCAAUAUAUUUGCGUAUGACUAUACCGGUUACGGAAUGUCGCACAAUCAAGGCCCUCCUUCGGAAAAACACUGCUACGCCGAUAUUGAGUCUGCAUACGCCUUUUUACGGAAAGACCUUAGAAUCCCUGCGCAGAAUAUUGUUCUGUACGGACGCUCGCUUGGAUCAGGUCCUUCAUGCCACUUAGCUGCACAAACGGCUUUGCUACACAAAGAGAAUGCUGAAUAUGGCGCACAUGAUGGACCCGUCGGAGGCCUCAUUCUGCAUGCCCCCUUUUUGUCUGUGUUCCGCGUUGUAGCAGAUACUGGAUGCACUGUGUACGGAGACAAGUUUCCGAACAUCGAUGUUUUACCUAUGGUAAAAACACCCACCAUUCUCGUACACGGUACCAGUGACCAAAUUGUUCCUUUUCAUCAUUCGGAGCGGCUGUAUGAC